ACGCGGCGCGCUCCGGUCGAAACGGCUCUCGCCCUACUGCUCCUCCACGGCCGCGGUGUGGCGUCGGAGGUGACGCCGAGCGUCCGUACGCGCGAGCCGGCGGGGCCCUCCACGCCCACGGCCGUCGAGGAGAGUGACAGAGUGACACGGGUUAGCUGCACUCCAAGGGCGGCGGCGGCGGCGCGUGCGGGCGACGCAUGAGUGACACGUCUGUGACAACGUGUGUGACGCGGGUGUGACACGGGUGUGACACGACACGGAGGUGGCCCAGGACACGCGCGACCCCGACACCUGCUGACACGACGUCGGCACCGGCGGUCCGCUUCAUGGGGUCUGAGGACGUGACCAGAACCAAAUAAGAUGAGCCUGUCCCUGCUGCUGGCCGCCGCGCUCCUGUGGGCGGCGCCGCCCCCGGCCGGGCCCGUCCCCAGCUCGGCGCCCGCCCCCGAGCCGCCUCCGGAGCCACCACCGGAGCCACCGCCCUGCGACUUCAACUCGAUGUGCUCCUGCACCGGCGAGGAAGUGUCCUGUGUGGGCGUGCCCCUCUACCGCAUGCCAGCGCUGCCCGCCGCGCCGCUGCAGCUCGUGGAGCUGCUGCAGUCGGCAGUGAGCUCGCUGGACGACGCCGCCCUGGCCGGGGUGCACACCGCCAGCCUCCGCGUCAUCGGCAGCCGCCUCAUCCACAUCGGGCCCCACGCGCUCGCGCCCCUGGCGGACGAGCUGCGCUCCCUGGAUCUGAGCUACAACGAGCUGCAGGCCGUACCGGAGGCGCUCAGCCCGCUGCGAGCCCUGCACUGGCUCAGCCUGCACGGGAACCAGCUGACCUCCCUGGACGUGGACUGGGCGCACCUGAGGGACACGCUGGCGAACCUGUACCUGGGCGAGAACGACCUGACGGCGCUGCCGGAGCAGGCCGACGCGGCGGCCGGACCCCGCCACUCGUCCGCCAACGACGUGCUCCCCGUGCGAGGCGCGGGCAGCCUGUCGCAGCUGCGCCGGCUGCACACGCUGGAGCUGGACAACAACCAGCUGAGCGUGCUACCGCCGUCCGCGCUGCCCGCCUCGCUGCGCCGCCUGUCCGUGCAGCACAACGCCCUGGUGCGCGUGCCCGGCGCGCUGCUCGAGCCGGACGGCGCGGCCCGCCUGCAGCACCUGCAGCUGCGCGGCAACCUCGUCCGCACCCUGCCGCGCGCCGGCCUGCGCGCGCCCCGCGCCCUGGAGCUGCUCGACCUCACCGACAACAACAUCCAGAGCCUGCCGUCACACUGCUUCAACGGCACCCUUGCGGUGCGUGAGCUUCGCCUGGACCAGAACGCUCUCCGCGUCCUCCCGCCGCGCGCGCUGCAGGGGUUCGCGACGGUGCGCCUGUCGCUGUCUGGGAACCGCAUCGACACCAUCCACCCGUCCGCACUCGAGGGCCUCGAGGACACUCUCGAGCACCUGGACCUGGACUCGAACGCACUGAGGUCCUUCCCCAGCGACGCCGUCUCCAACAUGAGCCGCCUGCACUCGCUGUUCGUGGCCAACAACCGCUUGAACGAGGUGCCCGUCGACGCCCUGCCCGUCUCGCUGCGCGCCCUCUCCAUAGCUGGCAACGACCUUCACGUCCUGCCCAUCGGCGCCCUGCGGCGGUGCACCGCGCUGGCGCAUCUAAAUGCGGGCUACAAUGGUAUCCCCCACCUGAACGACGGUGACCUGGAGGGGUGGGCGUCGUCCCUGGACACGCUGCUGCUCGCCAACAACAACAUCGCGCACCUGGGGCCCCGGACCUUUCGCCACGCGCCGCGGCUCCGCGAGCUCAACCUGUCGUUCAACCGCCUGGCGUCGGUGGACCCGACCGCGUUCGAGGACCUCGCCGACCUGCAGAGCCUGGAGGCCAGCCUGGCCCUGGUGGACGCGGCCGCGGUCCGCUUCCCCGAGGAGGCCCUCCGGCCCCUAGUGAAGCUGCGCUGGCUCGCCCUGGACAACAACGACAUCCGGGCGCUCUCGCACGACGCGCUGCGGACGCUGCUCAGCCUUGAGUUCCUCAACCUGGAGGACAACCUGCUGGUUGAGUUGCCGCCCGGGCUGGUGGGCAGGGCGCACUCUCAGCUGCGGGAGCUGCGCCUGGGCUACAACAUGCUGCGCGCGCUGCGGCCGGGGGCGCUGCGGCAGCUGCCCGCGCUCCGCACGCUCGUGCUGUCCGGCAACCACAUCCACGUGGUGGAGUCCUCGGCGCUGGAGGACCUGCCCCGCCUGGAGACCAUCCUGCUGGGCGACAACAAGGUGUCCAAGCUGCAGCCGCGAUCCUUCGUGGACCUGCCGUCGCUGUCGAGCCUGGAUCUGCACCGCAACCGGCUGCAGGUGUUCUCGCUGAGCGCCUUCGUGAACGUGAGCCGUCUGGAGGCACCCCUGAGCCUGAACGUGUCGUGGAACCGCGUGGCCGAGCUGUACUCGGGCGACACGGAGGGCGCGCCCCUGUACGUGCACACGCUCGACCUCAGCCACAACUUUGUCGCCGAGCUGAAGAGCAAGUUCCUGGUGGGCGUCGGGGCUGCGCUCCGCCGCCUCCUUCUGGCGCACAACCGCGUCAGUCGGCUCGACGGCCUCAUCCUGGGCGCGCUGCAGUCGCUCGAGUUCCUCUCCCUGGAGCACAACGACCUCGUGUCCAUGGCGCCCAGGGCCUUCCAAGGUUGUGACAUGCUGCAGGUGCUGCUGCUGUCGCACAACCACGUCGCCGCGCUGCAGCCCGAGCAGUUCGCGCGCAUGUCCAACCUGCGCGUGCUGGACCUGUCCCACAACCGCCUGCGCGCUGUGCCCCCCGGCGCGCUGUCCGGCACGGCUCUCGAGCGGCUGGACCUGUCCCACAACGCACUCGGCGCCGUGCCUACAGCCGCCCUGGCCGAGGUGGGCGGGUCGCUCCGCUCGCUGGGCCUGGCCGGCAACGCCAUCCAGCACCUGGAUAGCACCGUUUUCCUGGCCACGUCCAGCCUGUGCCAGCUGGACCUCGCCGACAACCACCUGUCGUUUCUGCCGGACAACGUGUUCUCGCCGCUGGGCGCGCUGCUGUCGCUUAACCUCGGGCGCAACCCCCUGCGCGCCAACCUGGCUGAGCUGUUCCACUACGUGCACGGCCUGCGGGAGCUGGGGCUCGACGCCGUGGGGCUCCGCGCCGCGCCGCCCCUGCCGCUGCCGUCCCUCGUCGCCCUCAACCUGUCCGGCAACGCCCUGCUGGCCGCGCCGCAAGGAGAGCUGCCCGCUCUGCGCGCCCUCCAUCUGGCCGCCAACAUGCUGAACGCACCGCCUGACCGGCCUUUCCCCCUGCUCAGCACCCUAGAUUUGUCGAACAACCCUAUCAGAGCACUUGGCAGAACGAGCUUCUCAGAACUACCCCGCCUACGGUCGCUCCGUCUCCGCUCGCUGCCGCUGGAGGCCAUGGAGACCGACACCUUACAGCCCCUGCGGCUGCUGCGAGUCUUUGAGGCCGAGGCGUGGACGGGCCUCGGACCUCAAGGCCUCGGCAAGGUGCUGGCCUCAGCGCCAUCUCUCAAGGUGGUGUCGCUGACGGUGGGCGCUGGCGCCAGGACCUCGCCGCUGCCCGCGCACGUCCUGGCGGGGGCGCUGCGGCCGGGGGUGCGGCGCCUGGAGCUGUCGGGGCCGGGCCUACGGGCGCUGGGGCCGCACAGCCUCGGUGGGGACCUGCCCGCCGACCUCCGCCGCUUCACCCUGCAGGUGUCCGGGACACACCUCACCGAGUUUCCGGCGGCGCUGUUUGCGCGCCUCGCCCACAUCCCUCAUCUGUCGCUCGACUUCCGGGAGAACCGUCUGCGCAGCCUGGCCCCGGAGACUUUCUACCGGAACUCGUCCUCGUGGGAACGCUCCGGCACCACCCUCAUUUCCGUCUAA